CUCGAUCCUUCCUCAUCCCACUAUCCCAGAAACCCACCGCCUCAUAACCGUAGAGCUUCCACCGCUUCUUUUUCCUUCUGCAUCCCUUCAAUGCGAUUCUUACCCUUCUCCUUCUAAUUCUGUAAAUCAUCCGUCAAUCUGCUCCACCACCUGGCUACAUAACCAAUUCUUUUGGGCCAACCCGCUAUUAUAUGCCCAUUUUUUUCUGUAUCUAACCUAAUCGGAAGGACUUCCAAGUUCCCGACACUUCCAUCUCACAUACGAAACCCCUCUGCCUCUAAACUCCUCUCAUACUCGAAUUCCCCUACGUUUGGAGAGAACGGUGAUUUCAGGGAAACGAUCAGACCCUACUGUUCUCACUUCUGCUUCUCCCCGACCGCCAUCGACGGACCAGUGCACCACCACUCUUUCUUUGCCCUCACACCGCAUCGACAGCAAUAGAAACGUAGGAAGGUGCUGAUUCAUAUGUCUAAUUGUGAUCUUUUAGGGUUUAUCUACGUCGUUUCAGAUAAAAUAUCCUCAACAGAGAAAGGAUUUCAAGGUGAUUUGCUGAUUUCAAAUUCGAAGCCGGAUUUCUUGAUUGCAGCCACCUAUUGUCCACAGAUGUUAUAUUCCAGUUAGGGACUGUCGCUGCUCUGCUCUCUCUUUUUCUACAUGUGACAUUCGGUUUUUGUAGUUUUAGUUGGGGGUAAAUGGGAGCAGUAGAUAGCAAGGAAAUAAGGAAAAUAUUCGAUUGAAGGUGCUGCUGUGCUAUUUGUCGAGAGACAGAGAGUUUUAGUUAUCUCAGCCACCUGACGACAUCGAAGAACAAGAAGCAGCAACUUUUCCCAUUGAUCUGCAACCUUCGCCAGGUGAAAGAAGGCUGCAGCCGCACCACUCUGCCUGGGUCUGUUGACGGUGGAAGCCAUGCUCCGUCUUGGUCGACGAUCACUCGCCGCUGUCCGAUAUUUCUCGGCGACAGCGGUUGCAGAGGCUUCGAAAGUUCCAGCUUCAUCCCCUGCCCCUGGUGCCAUCACCAUCGCCACUAGGAAAAACACCGGUACCGGAAAGGACACCUUAGGUCGAAGGCUUCUUAGCCUGGUUUACACGAAACGCAGCGCCGUUAUCACCAUAAAGAAAUGGAAGGAGGAAGGGCACGUUGUUCGUAAGUACGAGCUUAAUCGCAUAGUACGAGAGCUCCGGAAGCUAAAGCGUUACAAACACGCCCUCGAGGUUUGUGAAUGGAUGACUUUACAACAAGAUAUCAAGUUAGUAGAAGGAGAUUACGCUGUUCACUUGGACUUAAUUGCAAAAGUUCGUGGUAUAAACAGCGCAGAGAAGUUUUUUGAAGAUCUCCCAGAUCAAAUGAAAGGGCAGCCAACUUGUACAGCUCUUCUCCAUACUUACGUCCAGCAUAAAGAUUCUUCCAAAGCCGAAGCUUUAAUGGCAAAAAUGUCAGAAUGUGGUUUCUUGAAAUACCCUCUUCCUUUUAACCAUAUGAUGUCACUCUACAUCUCCAAUGGCCAAUUACAAAAGCUUCCUGGAAUUCUUCACGAGCUGAAAAAGAAUACCUCACCAGAUAUAGUAACUUACAAUCUAUGGUUAACAGCAUGUAACUCCCAGAAUGACAUCAUUACUGCUGAAAAGAUUAUUCUUGAGCUGAAGAAGAGAAAGGUGGAUCCAGAUUGGGUAACAUUUAGUCUUUUAACCAGUUUGUAUCUUAAAAAUUCACGACAUGAAGACGCUUCCUUGAGUGUUAAGGAAAUGGAGAAAAGGGUUUCUAAAAAAGUCCGUGUUGCUUAUUCUUCAAUUAUCAGUCUUUAUACAAGUCUUGGGAAAAAAGAAUAUGUUGAUCGCAUAUGGAAGAAGAUGAAAUCAACCUUUCGUAAGCUAAAUGAUGCAGAAUAUAAUUGCAUGAUAUCUUCUAUGAUAAAGCUUAACGAGCUUAAAGAAGCAGAGAAUAUAUAUACAGAAUGGGAAUCUGUAUCUAUAACUGGCGAUUCUAGGGUUCCAAAUUUGAUCCUUGCAGCUUACAUCAACAAAAACGAAAUGAAAAUGGCUGAAAACUUUUUUGAAAAAAGGAUGGUUGAAAAAGGAAUUGUACCUAGUUACACAUCAUGGGAGCUUCUUACAUAUGGUUAUGUACAUGAAAAGGAAAUGGAUAAAGUUUUGGAAUGUUUCAAGAAAGCUAUAGGGUCAGUGAAAAAGUGGGACCCGGAUGAAAAGAUUGUUAGAAAAGUGUAUGGAAUGCUUGAAGAAUAUGGUAAUGUCGAGGGUGCUGAACAAGUGUUGGUGACUCUUCGUGAUGCUGGUUAUGUGAGCACAGAGAUAUAUAAUUUGGUUCUUAAGACGUAUGUGAAAGCUGGAAAAAUGCCAUUAAUUGUAGGUGAGAGGAUGAAGAAGGAUAAAGUGGAAUUGAAUGAUGAAACAUAUCAACUUAUAAAGGUGACAAGUAAAAUGUGCGUUAGUGAAGUUUCAACGCAUCUUUAG